GAGCCAGGUGGAGGUGUAUCAUGCGCUUGGAGGGAAGGUAACGGUGCCCGGCGCUCUCGUUUAGUGCCCGACCCCUCCUGUUCAGCGACUGCAGACCACCUUCUUACGCCCGCCCCAUCCACACUCCUCCGGGCCGUGAGGCCACCUUCUCCUCCCAACCCAGCAUCCCUCAGCACUCUCCCAACACCGAGCAUGAGUCCCGUCAACGCGCGGACAGCUUCGUCCACCUCCUUCCCAGCCGCUCGCCACUGCCUGAGCUCGUCCUUCCACCUCUCUGCUUCCCCUUCCCCCGCUCUCUCAUCCUCGUCAUCCAGCUCAGCCUGUACAACCCUCUGCAUCCCCCUCGCCACUCCCAGUCUCACAGCCUCCCCAACCCCAGCCACAGCCUCCACAGCGCUUCUCGCACUCCCGACAACAGCUCCCAACCCGCGGAUGCUCGUCCGACUCUCCCCACUCCCCAUGCCAGAACCAUCAUCGCUCCCCUCGACCCUACCCAAGUUCGUGCCAAACGUUUGCAGCGCCUCCCAUAGAAUGCGCACAUGUUCAGGUUCAGCAAGCCGUUCGGGAUCGGGUGUCGGUGCGCGCCAGUCCGCCACACUGGCAGGGCGGUCGUAGGGCAUCCCUACGGCUGUCUGGGAGCGCUGAGGCUCCCGCUCUCGGUCAAACGAGGGGCGCAAGGUCGCCCGGCUGGGAAUAGGGUCCGUCCUAAGUACGUCCCUCUCCCUGAGCCUCUCCCGAUCUCUCCAACUACCAGACAUGCUCGUCUGCGCCCUUGGCGCACUCACGGGUGUUGCUCUUUCCCUCUCUCGUUCUGGCACCCGCGUCAUAGGCGUAUAUGGCUGGCGCGUAGAACCGCUGUCGUAUCUCUUCCUGGGAGAAUACUGGGGAAC